UGACAAGCGGGGCGGGCAGCCAAUCGCGGCCGGCCGGGCAUGGCGGCGCCCGUGCGGUGAGGCGAUGUCGGGGCGCGGAGUGUGGCUGCGGGCGCGGGCGCGGCUGCGGCGCUUCCCGGCGGCGCUGGCGGCCUGCGGGGACCAGGCCGCGGCCUACGGGCGGUGCGUGGCGGCGGCGGCGGCGGGGCCGGCGGAGCUGCGGCGGGACGCGUGCCUGGCGGAGUUCCAGGCGCUGCGGGAGUGCUUCGCCCGGGCGGUACGGCCCCGUCCCAGGCCCCGUGCCAGAUCCGCUCCCGCUGCCGGCGGAGGGAAGCGGCCUCGGCCCGUCCUGACCGCGGCUCUUUGCAGGCAAAGGCGACGCCGAAGUGACCCCGGGGCCGCCCCCGGCUGGAGGUGCUCGUGGGAGGAAAACCCUCAAACCACCGAUUUGUUCUCAAAUGACGGAACCCGGUCCCGGUGCUGCCCACCCGCUCCCCGGCCCGGAGGAGGUGCAGCCUCGUGAAGGUCACAGGUCUAUUUUUAUUUAUUAAAACAAGAAUUCAGAUCA